GCGGCGGCGGGCGGCGGCGGCCUACCUUGAGCGGGCAGGUUCAGUGGCUGUGGCCCGUGGCGCUGGCUGGUCCCGACGAGUAUCGCGGCCGGCGCACACGUCAGUUGAGUGGGCGCGUUAACUGCGUACACAAUAAGUGAAUCAACGAACAUGUCCGGCUCCAAGACGGCGUGGCGGUACGCGAGCUGUGUACUAUUUGUUGUCGCGACCGACGCUGCCCUGUCUGGGCUGUAUAUCGAUAAUGGUAUCGAUCAAACGGUAAUACACCAUUCGAUGACGCGUCAUGAGAGACAAGUGGUCGAGCACGAAAUACUGGAGCUUUUGGGCCUCGGCGACAGGCCGAGAAGAUCCCAAGCGCCGCCUCUGGAGCGCUCGGCCCCGAGUUUUCUGCUGGAUGUUUACAAGCAGCUUGCGGAGGAACAUGAACAGGCUCGCCCGACGCGCAGUUCUGAAAUGGCCCUCAGUGGGGAAGAGCAGCAUGCCAUCGAUGAGAGCGAUUUAAUUAUGACAUUCCAGAGUAAAAAGCAUCACCUGGGUGCGUUACGUCAUGGCCACGGAAGGCACGUCUGGUUCGACGUGACGAGCGCGCCGGGCGACUCGUCGUCCCUUCUCACUGCAGAGUUGCGGCUACAUCAGGCAACGACGCACUCAGACGAUCCCACCGCCUUAUAUACAGUCGUCGCAAACCGAGUUAUAAGCGUCGAUAAUUUGGGGGGGAUUCAAAUGGAGCAAGUUGCGGCAGUCAACACAAGCGCCGGUGCUGAAGGCUGGUUGGAACUGAACGUCACGGGAGCGCUGUCCACCUGGCUCAAUGCGCCUGCGGAUAACCAGGGAUUCUUUAUUACUCUGCAUCCGCAUUCGCAGCCUGAACGGAACGUCAAACCAGAAGAGAUAGGCUUAGAAGAGACCCACGGUGCAAACUCCGAAGGGAAACAGCCUUUCAUGGUUGCGUUCUUCAAGAAUGGACCUAAACUGGGUUCCGCGGAUACAGGAGCGCGAAGAAAACGCGAAGCGAGGAGAUGGCGUAACCACGGCUAUUCAGAAAAUUACCUGAGAAAUCCUCUAACUGAUACAUCACACUGGACGACACGGAGCUGCGAGAUACAGACGCUUUACGUCAGUUUCAAAGAUUUGGAGUGGCAGGAUUGGAUUAUCGCACCGGACGGCUACGGAGCAUUUUACUGCAGCGGAGAGUGCAACUUUCCCCUGAACGCGCACAAAAAUGCGACAAAUCAUGCGAUCGUGCAAACAUUGGUUCAUCUUCUAAAUCCUACUCAGGUACCCAAGCCGUCUUGUGCUCCAAUCAAGUUGUCUCCAAUUUCUGUUCUGUACUACACGGAUGACUCUAACGUGAUACUGCGCAAGUAUAAGAAUAUGGUGGUUAAAAGUUGUGGGUGUCAUUAGUUAACUGUGGUUUACUUUACUGGGUAAACGUGAAGUGUAUAUUCAAAUACAAACUACGCAAUUUGAAGUAGGUAUAUUUAAACUCAAACAUUAAAUAUGAUGAAUGUGAUAUUUCAAACAAAUUAUGUAUGUGUACGAACAAAGUACCUACUUAUAUAUUAUUAUGUUAGAUAAAACAUUCAAAAAUUAGUUUUGACGAAUGACGUUGGUCAAAAUACCAACAAAGAUGGUUGGUUGGAUGACUAAAAAUACCAACUAACAGUGGUUUAAAUCUGAAUCCCUCGGGUCUAUGAACAUAAAUGACUAUAACAGUAAUAAAAUAAUGUUGAAGCCAUGGAGCUAACAAAACUAUUAUUUAUAUAAUUCUAAUUGUGUAAUUGAAAUGUACUGAUUUAUCUAUUUAAGAUCUUACAAUUUGAACUAGUCGAAUACAUGAUCGAACAAAAUGUAUUCAUUAGGUAGCUAGGAUAGAUAUAGGUAGAUAGGAUAUUAUUAAAAUAAGUGCAAAUUUUUACCAAUAGGUACAGCUUUUCUAGAUUUUGUCUAUUCUGAGCACUAACCUCUACUAGUACAAGUACGCUGGACCUGAGAUUGCCGACUUGUUUUUGAAGAUAUUGGCGCUUCGUAUAUUGGCGCUUAUUUGCCAUAUUGGCGUUGAUAGCAGCAGUGAGUACAACUGAAAUAUUAUUAUUAACGUGGUUAACCAAUUCUGUGACCUGCGUUUAAUCUUACGUAGAUAUACAGUAGGUAUGUAAAAUGGUUACGUACUAUUGGAUGGAGGUCUUUUCUCAGGGAUUAUAAUAUAAUGGACGUGGAAUGAAAGUUUAAGUGAAAGACGUCCAUAAUAUUUUUGCUUUGACAUUACUCUACGAACUUUUUUUGUUUUAUGAAUUGAUUGUGUACGAAACGUUGCUAAUACAAACCAUUAAAUUGGGGAACGCCAUUCCGGUCGUCCGAAUAUUCUGCCAAGUAUAACUUCAAUACCUUCAACUUAUUAAGUUAUCAACUUAUUAGUUAGUUAUUAUUAGCAUAACUUAAAUACUUUCAAGAGUAAAUAGGCAUCUUUCAGUUUAAAUAGACCUCAUCAUUGCUUUUUAUUGGCAUGAUUGUCGCCAAGAGUAAUCUUACGACAUGAAAAAAAUACUAAUUUAAAUCACUGACGAAAGUGGAGUAGGAAAAUUGAAGUAUAUUACCUACGCUUAAGUUGUGUUCAUGUAAAUUAUUUUUCUCAUUUGCUUGAAAAAAGUUUAAAACCACUUUGGUGUUGCUUUCUUGUUCAUUUAGAUAUGAUAUGUAUUAUGUAGGUAUUUUUUUACAAGUCUUAGGUGUAAGAUUUUGUUAAUAAAGCCAUGCCAUUUGACUGAAAUGUUAACAAAUAAUAUUGACUUUCCCAUUUUUUACACUUAGGUACUUACGCGAUUAUAUCUAGAGAUUAAACAAAUGUAAUGUGCCAAUUUCGUAAUUAUAUACUUAGUUAUUUAAGAAUAAUAUUUUUAAUAAGAACAGGUCCAUAAAUCGUUUGAUCAUUAAACGUUUAAAUCGUAA